UGAUGCGUGUAAUUUAAGAAAGGGCGAUUCAAUAGGUUUCAGGGCUUUUGUUAUAAGAACCGCUAUCGAGGUAUUUCUAUAACAACAAAACAGUCUGUAAUCAGUACACGAACUGUAACGACGUCUCAAGAAAGUGGUUAACAUAGAUAGAUUGAUAUGGAUAAGAGGCUAGUGAUUCUGUUAUUUGCCUUCGUGGCUUAUGCAUCAGCUAAAUCUGUUAGCCGUGUAAAGAAAUCUGCCAUGCCAUGUGGCUGCACCCCAGCUCCAGCAUGUUGUGCCCCUCCACCUCCACCACCACCUCCACCAUGUGUUUGUGCACCAGCACCAGCACCAUGUGGUUGUGCUCCACCACCACCACCUCCACCACCUCCACCCCCACCACCUGCAAUGCCUGGACCACCAGGUGCCCCAGGCCCAAUGGGACCACCAGGAGGCCCAGGAUGCGGAGGACCACCAGGACCACCAGGACCUCCAGGAGGUCCAGGUUGUGGAGGACCACCAGGUCCCCCAGGACCUCCAGGACCACCAGGAGCACCAGCACCACCAGCUCCACCACCACCACCAAUCUGUCUUCACCAUUGUAUGAAAAUCUGCCCAGCUUCUGCACCAGCAUGUGCACCACCACCACCACCAUGUGCUCCACAAUGCCCACCUCCCUGUCCACCACCAUGUCCACCACCACCGCCACCACCACCUCCACCACCACCACCAAUGUGCAGUUGUGGCCCUCCACCAUGCUCGUGUGGAAAACAGUCACAACGAAUUAAAGAAUCAACGCAAGCAAUGGCAAUACGAUCAUCGCAAAAUACUGGCUCCAAAAGAUCGCCUUGUAGUUGUUCAGCACCACCGUGCAGUUGUCAAGAACUUCCUCCCCAAGUUAUAACGAUCCCAUCUGCCCCAGCAGGCUGUGGACCUCCACCAGCACCCGCUUGUGCUCCACCACCACCACCACCACCUCCACCACCAAUUCCAGGACCACCAGGAUCAAUGGGACCAGUAGGCCCACCCGGAGGACCAGGUGGCCCAGGACCAAUUGGACCCCCAGGACCUCCAGGAUCCCCAGGAACUGGUGGACCUCCAGGACCCCCAGGACCACCAGGACCACCAGGAGCACCAGCUCCUCCAGCUCCACCACCACCACCAGUCUGUCUCCACCAUUGUAUGAGAAUAUGUCCAGCACCUGCACCAGCUUGUGCACCACCACCACCACCACCCCCACCACCGCCACCAGCAUGCACAUGUGCACCACCUCCAUGUUCAUGUGCAAACAAACGCUCACCAUGUGAAUGCGCAGCACCACCAUGUGCUUGUCAAGAACUUCCACCAUCCGUCAUUCAAAUUCCAGCACCUAGUGCUGGUUGUGGCCCAGCGCCAGCUCCUGCCUGCGCACCACCACCAAUACCUGGACCACCAGGAUCACCAGGACCUGCAGGACCACCAGGAGGACCAGGUGGCCCAGGAGCCCCAGGACCACCAGGGCCACCAGGAGGUCCAGGAGGACCAGGAGCUCCAGGACCACCAGGACCACCAGGACCACCAGGCGCACCUGCCCCACCAGCUCCUCCACCACCACCAAUUUGCCUCCACCAUUGUAUGAGAAUCUGUCCAGCACCUGCUCCAGCUUUUUUAAUGUUUCUAUCCACAACACAUGUAGACAUAAGUGAUUGCUUGAUGUCAAAACCACAAGCAGAUAAAAAGUACUUCCCUUACAUAUGUUUAACUAACGCUUACAUUCUGCUCUAUUUAAUUAUCCUAAACUUAUACAUAAGAAUAGAUUCAUCGUAUGACAAAAAAGCUAAGGAAAAGAUCACAAAAAUUGCGGUCCUUUCGGCGCGAAAAACUCUACACAAAGAUGCUAAUCCAUUCAAAUUACUUCUUGAAAAUUAUGUUUUAAGGACACUCUUCCAGCAUUUCGUAUUCCUUGUUUUAGAGAAAAGAUCACCAUGUGAUUGUGGAGCCGGCGGAUGCGGAGGAGGUCCCGGCGUACAAGAACUUCCAAUGAGUGUAAUUCAAAUCCCAUCUGGCGGAGCUGGGGGAGCAGGCUGUGCUCCUCCUCCUCCUCCUCCACCACCUCCACCACCCCCACCUCCACCACCAAUUCCCGGACCACCAGGAUCACCAGGACCACAAGGACCACCUGGAGGACCAGGAGAGGGCGGACCACCAGGACCACCGGGACCACCAGGAGGCCCAGGAGGUCCAGGAAUGCCAGGACCACCAGGACCACCAGGGCCACCGGGAGCACCUGCACCACCAGCCCCACCGCCGCCACCAAUCUGUCUCCAUCACUGCAUGAGAAUUUGCCCAGCACCUGCCCCUGCUUGUGUUGCUCCUCCACCUCCACCUCCUCCUCCACCACCGCCACCACCGCCACCACCACCACCACCACCACCGCCACCACCAGCCUGUUCUUGUGCUCCUCCACCAUGCAAAAGUAAAAAGUUUGAUUUUAGUAUAAAAUUUACUAAUUUAAUCAUUAUGGAGAAUGGUGUAAAUAAAGCCAGAAAGCAACUUCCAAUGACUAAUUCUAUUUUAGAAAAACGCUGUACUCCUCCUUGUGGGGCACCACCACCACCUCCAGCGGGAUGCGGUGCACCAGUAGUACAAGAAUUACCAAUGCAAGUAAUCAAUUUACCAGCCGGACCAGCACCAGCAGCGGCAGCAGCAGGAUGUGCUCCUCCACCGCCACCACCUCCACCUCCACCAAUCCCUGGUCCCCCCGGCCCACCAGGUCCACCAGGAUCACCAGGAGGACCAGGAUGUGGAGGUCCACCAGGACCACCAGGACCACCAGGAGCUCCAGGAGGCCCAGGCUGUGGAGGUCCACCAGGUCCACCAGGACCACCAGGUGCUCCAGCCCCACCAGCCCCACCACCACCACCAAUCUGUCUUCAUCAUUGCAUGAAAAUCUGUCCUGCACCAGCCCCAGCCUGUGUAGCUGCACCUCCUCCACCACCUCCACCACCACCUCCUCCACCACCACCUCCACCACCACCACCACCACCUCCUCCUCCUCCACCACCACCACCGCCACCACCACCACCACCAGCUUGCACCUGCGCACCACCACCUUGCUCUUGUGGUAAAUAAUUUCUCUUAAAACUAACUUUUGGAGUCAAGAAGAAGAGAAAAGCUGAGGACGCUAUUAUUUGGCAUUAAAAAGUUUUCAUUGGAAUUGCUUGAAGCAAAAUUUAUUUAGAAAAUGUAUUUUUAUACAUUUUUGGAUAGUUAAAAAAAUUUUCAUAAUAAACAUAUUUUAUUUAAA